UACCUCCUCUUAGAAGGCUUUAUGGCCCAUUAUUAAAGGCUACCAACAAAAAUUAUCCGAGUCUAAGUCCCCAUCCAUUUUUUUCAAUAUUUACCUAAGCUAAGCUAUUUUAGUUAUUUUUAAAAUAAGUUUAACCGCGAACCCACUUAAGAUUUGCGAGGUCGAAAUAGAUUUUAAUGAGUUGAAGCAUUCUAAGCACAUCUCGGAUUCAGCUGAUUUAAAGUUAAAUUCAAUGAACGCGAAACGAGCUCAUUAAUUUUGCAAAAUGCACCCGGCAUGCAAGCCAGUGUCAAGUUUAAAACUCAAAGGGCCGUAGCCGUGUGCCACCAACAACAGAUUAGUGGGUCGCGAAAAACACGCACAGCGAAUAAUCUGCGAUUGCUGAACGGUGAUUAGGUUGCAUUUAAAUUAAAUUCGGGUAAUUUGUAACUCUCGUGUAUUUGUACACUCGGAGUCGGGUUUUCUACCUAUUUUGGCAGUUGUCGAUCGCCCGACCAACCAAACGGACACGGAAAUGAACAACGCGACAGGAACCCCCAGUGCGCCGAGGAAUCACAGCAACUAUGUGAUUCCCGGCCUGUACGACCUCUCCGUGGAGGACACCAACUGGGUGCUGACCUCCUCCUUCAUCAUCUUCACCAUGCAAACGGGAUUCGGCAUGCUGGAGUCCGGCUGUGUGAGCAUCAAGAACGAGGUGAACAUCAUGAUGAAGAACGUGAUCGACAUUGUGCUGGGCGGAUUCACCUACUGGCUCUUCGGCUACGGAAUGAGCUUUGGCCGCGGUCCCUUGUCCAAUCCAUUCAUCGCCAUCGGGGACUUCCUGCUGGAUCCGCCGGUGGGCGAUGCCCUGAUGGGCCAGAUCUUCGCGGCCUUCCUGUUCCAACUGUCGUUCGCCACCACGGCCACAACCAUUGUCAGCGGGGCCAUGGCCGAGCGUUGCAACUUCAAGGCAUACUGCCUGUUCUCCUUCCUGAACACCGCCGUCUACUGCAUUCCCGCUGGCUGGGUGUGGGGCGAGCAUGGGUUCCUCAACAAGCUCGGGGCAGUGGACAUCGCGGGCAGCGGACCUGUGCACCUAAUUGGAGGUGCCUCCGCCUUCGCCUCCGCCGCCAUGCUGGGUCCCCGCCUGGGUCGCUACUCCGAGGGAUUCGAUCCGCUGCCCCUGGGCAACCCAGUAAACGCCUGCAUGGGCCUCUUUGUUCUCUGGUGGGGUUGGCUGGCCUUCAACUCGGGCAGCACCUACGGCGUGAGUGGGGCUAAGUGGCAGUACGCGGCCCGUGCGGCGGUUAUGACCAUGAUGGGGUCUUUUGGCGGCGGCUUCACCAGCUCCAUAUACUCCUUCUGGCGCCAUGGAGGCGGCUUGGACAUUAUGGACCUCAUCAAUGGAGUCCUUGGCUCUCUGGUGUCCAUCACGGCCGGAUGCUUUCUGUACCGCGCCUGGGAGGCCCUGGUAAUUGGAGCCAUCGGAUCGCUCCUCUGCGUCCUGGCCAUGCCGCUCUUCGAUCGCAUGGGCGUGGAUGAUCCGGUCGGCGCCAGUGCCGUGCACGGAGUCUGCGGCAUCUGGGGCGUAAUAGCCGUGGGACUGUUUGCCGACAACCCCAUCCCGCUGGACACCACCAACGGGCGCAGUGGCUUGUUCAAAGGAGGCGGCUGGUAUCUGCUGGGAGUUCAGACGCUCUCGGCGUUCUGCCUGGCCUGCUGGGGCAUCUGCUCCACCUUCCUGCUGCUGUUCGUGAUCAACAAGAUCAUACCCAUUCGCAUGGAUCCGCACGAGGAGCUGCUGGGCGCCGAUCUCACCGAGCACCGCAUUCGCCACUCACAAAUCGGACUAUCGCGCGCCAUCUCCGCCCUGGCGCCCAUUAAGGUGGACCUCAAGGAUAUAGCCGGCAUCCAGCCCAUUGGCAUUAAUCCUGGCCACGAGCGGAGCCUCGAUCAGCUGCGCGCGGCGGAGGACAAGCUGCAGCAGUGGCAGUCCUAUCUGGAGCAGGUAAGUGGCCCGCGGGCCAACCUGAAGAUGGACGCCGGCCAGUCGCAUGCGGAUAUCACCUUUAAGCCCAGAACGGCGGGCAACGUCUUUACCCGGCGGAUCCCCGCCAGGCAGAGCGUCAGCGGUGGUCUUUACAGAGCCAACAACAGCGAGUUACCCGUCAUUGGCCAGGCUCCUAGGCUGGAAAAGGACCCGAACUUUGCCUGGGUCGAUUAGGUCUUUUUACUUACAAUGUCUUAGUCACGUUUAGUAUACUUAGAGAACUCGUAGCCAAUAGUCAAGUGGAAAAAACCAGCAAUAAAAUCUGAUGAUAUAUCUCUAGAAA